AUGGAUUCUAAUUCAGAUCUCAGGGAUCCAAGCCAGCUCUCAAAAUCUGGUCCCAUCAUUGCUUUCAAAAAGACAUCAUUUCGGGCGAUGCGGUGGAAACAGGCUUCCUCAUUGGACAUCCUCUCCUCUAAGCUGGCGCCUCGGGAUUACUACAAGGGCAAGAAUUGCAAGCCCACGAGGUUCCACACCCGCAAAGGUGGAUAUGUGAUUGUUGAUGAGAAGUUACCAAGAUUUGUGGUCCCUGAUUUGAUUGAUUUCAAGUUGAAGCCAUAUGUGUCACAAUGCGCCAGGGACCUCACGACAUCCACGACAUCCACGACUUCAGCUGAAUCUACUGAAAACAAGAGCUGA